AUGAAAAUUAGCUUGCAUAACAAACGGCAACGAGGAGACCAAAACCAAAACAUGUCUGUUUUCAAUGUACUCAAACCACUACUUAAAGGUUCAAAUAGUUUCAAAGUGAAGCUCAACGGCUUUCUAUUCAAUAACGUUUCUACAAUAACAAUAAGAACUUUAAUGAAAACUCAUAAAGGUACAGCAAAGAGGUGGAGGCGUACCGGUAAUACUUUUAAAAGAGGCAUAGCUGGAAGAAAACAUGGCAAUAUAGGCUGGUCCCAUAGAUCAUUAAAAGCCUUAACCGGAAGGAAAAUUGCCCAUCCAGCUUAUUCAAAGCAUCUAAAGCGGUUAUUACCCUAUCAUUGA